CUCCUUACAUUGUGGAAGAGCACUUUAGAAAAUCUUGAUUCCUUCUGGGAACGGUGGAAGAGAGAAUAUCUGGUUAUUCUGCGUGAUCGCUCUAAAUGGGAGCACUCUGGCCCAAGACUUCAGACACACUCAACUCCUAAAUUGGGAGAAGUAGUGUUAGUAGAAGACAUCAUGCGACCAAGAAAUGCAUGGCUUUUAGCCAGAAUUAUAGGGCUAAAUGGUCAUCCAGGCCCUAUAAGGAGCGUUAAGCUCCAAAUGCCAAAUGGUCGAAUAACAACACGACCUGUUAACAAGAUUUGCCCACUCGAAGCAGGGCCAGAACAAGCCGACACACAACCAGUCAGUAAUCCUGUAGAAAGCUUUACUCCUAUUGAGGAGGAGCAGGUAGAGGGGCCUGGGCUCCUUGAACCACAAGAGCAAGAUAAUCAGUUGAUCGAGAAUCAGCCUCCCACAACUAUCGUUAAUCAGAAACCAAAAGAACCUGCAGCUUUGGUUUCAAAACACAAGAUGGUCACGAGAGGAAAGGCAAAAUUAGGCAUUCAAUCAAUUUUAGCCGCUUGCCUUUUAACCUUCAUAAUUAAUCCUAUAUUUGGAUUCACUUCGCCAAUUAAAUGUGAAGGCUGCCCAACUUGCCAUGGAUGCUUAGUCCAUUGUAGCAAGGCUGGGGUAAAUGUCCUUUCACCGCCAAAAAUAAGCAAAAUCGAAAUUUGUUGCUUAGACCGAUGCCAAUUACUACCAGGCCAAGAAGAAACAAUUCAUCAGCUUCCCAAAGAAAUAUUGGUUAAUGACUAUACCUGUCAUGCCAAAUUUUGGGACACAAACCGAGAAAUACCAUUUGAAGUUAGUACGAAAUGUUUAGCAUUCCACCAAUGUCAACUAGUGGAUUGCACAUUUUGCCUCGAUUUACUAACAAAUCCAACGUGUAAUCCAAUGGCUGCUGCAUUGGUUCUAAUUGGAAUUUGUUUUCCUCUCCUUCUUGUAUUAAGUUGUUGCUGUAAAUCACUCCAAACACUGCUCCGUCCAUUAGGAGUAAUUUGGAGACUCACGCGCCCCCUUUAUAUUUGGGGGAGAAGAAGAGGGAGCAAAGCAUUAAGCAAGGGACGAGAAUAUGUACGGGAAAAUCAAACAAACAUUAAGGAAAAUGCACGAAAAUUCAAGAAAGGAGCUCAAAAGAGGGGCAAGGAAAUGAGGCAAGCGAGUCUUGCUCGAUUAGCACGUUAUGGCAUAAUACCGGCUCUCCUCUUGCUCAUCGCCCAUUUAAUUAUCGGAGAACCAAUUUCGAUAAUUUCACAAACAGAGAAUUGUCGAGUACGAGAAGGUACUCGAAUUUGCACGAUUUUAAGCUCCACAACAUUGAGCUUACUACCAGCAGGGCAACCAACCACUCUUCUAAUCAAGGAUAGAAGAGGAGACAUUUUGGGAGCAUUAAUGCUCACCCUCAAAGCUCUAACGAUCAAUUGCAAUCCAAGGACACUCACAUAUUUGCGAAGCUACCGUAUAAGUACCAGAUCAGUAUGGAGAUGCCCAAGUGGCGGAUCAUGUUCUGGUAGCUUCUGUUCACAAGUAGGAGCAAACACACACAUACCCGAACUAGUCGAGGUUAUGGACAAGCCCGGGAGCAGUGGCUGUUUGGAAUCCUCCGCUCUAUGGAGUAAAGGAUGCGGAUUUCCAACUGCCAGCUGCUAUUUCUACCGUUGGUAUGCUAUCCCUAUGACUCUCGAUGUUUUUGAACUUUUCGAGUGUCCUACUUGGGAUUUUCACAUAAAGACGACAUUACAACUCACUGUUAAUGACCAAAUGGUAGAGGAGACAGUCACAUUACAUCCGGGAUUAACCCAUCAUUGGGCCAACAUAUCUCUUACGCCAAUAUCAGUGACAAACCCUCCAGCUCCGGUUUUGAGCACUCCAUUCCUUACUCAUGGAUUUUCGGUUGCUCUAGGAGAUGGAGUUCCAACAGACCUCAAAUGUCAAGAUAGACCAAGUGUAGCCAGGUUUGGCUGCAAUAUUUCAGCAAAUACCUGUAAAGAUUGCCGUCCUACACCCGACGGAUCAAUUACAUGCCAGUGUAGAGAAUUUGACGGGGAAGCAAUUUUGGCAGACCCCGCAAAACGAUUACCUCUAACUAUUGGCCGACACACUUUUCUGACUGAAGACGACCAAGUAUACGUCGAACAGUCAUACACACCCUUACAGAUCAACCUACAAAUGAAUAAUUUCCAGUUAGUGACAGAAAUAACCGAGUCCACUUGUCGAAUUGUAGUAAAUGACAUGUGA